UGACCCUCCUUUUCUUUCCCCUGCAGCGGGCAUGACUUCCGUCGGUUAGGUCGCGUGGGUGGGUCGCGCCUCCACCAGCCCAGAAUGAGCCUCCUGGGGAAGCCUCUCAACUAUAAAACCUCACGCCGGGACGUUCGCUACAGGAGAACACAGGCCAAGGUUUACAACUUCCUGGAGCGGCCGCGGGGUUUGAAAGCGGUCGUCUAUCACAUGGCGGUGUUCUGCACCAUCUUCAUCUGCCUCACCCUAAGCGUUCUGUCCACGGUGAAGGACUAUGAAGAUCAGGCCACCGAAGUCCUCUUUUAUAUCGAGUCCUUUGUCGUUGUGUGGUUCACCAUUGAAUAUAUUUUGAGAUUAUGGUCCUCCGGUUGUCGUUCGAGAUACCAGGGUUUUUGCGGCAGGAUGAAGUACGCAAAGAGGCCUUUCUGUUGUAUAGACAUAGUGACCAUAGUGGCCUCAGUGGUGGUGCUGGCCAAUGGCUCGGGCGGGCAGGUGGUGUCUGCCGUGCGGGGGCUGCGCUUCUUCCAGAUUCUGCGCAUGGUGCGAAUGGACAGGCGGGGCGGCACUUGGAAGUUGUUGGGUUCUGUUGUCUUUGCGCACAGACAGGAGCUGAUCACGACGGUGUACAUAGGGUUCCUUGGGCUGAUCUUCUCCUCCUUCCUCGUCUAUCUCGUCGAGAAAGACAACAACGACCACUUCAAAAACUUCCCCGAUGCUCUUUGGUGGGGCGUGAUAACGCUGUGCACAGUUGGAUACGGUGACGCUGUGCCUAAGACCUGGGGAGGGAAGAUGAUAGCGUCAGGCUGUGCGCUGCUUGGUAUCUCCUUUUUCGCCUUACCAGCGGGCAUCCUAGGGUCUGGGUUUGCCCUCAAGGUACAACAGCAGCAGCGUCAGAAGCACAUGAUAAGGAGACGGCAGCCCGCGGCCACCCUCAUCCAGUGUCUCUGGCGAUGCUACGCCGCUGACGAGCACUCCAUGUCCGUCGCCACCUGGAAGAUCCACCAGGUGCCUCUUCCUUCACCUCCCUCCAUCAAGAUCGAGGAAAAGGAAAAGAACCCUUAUGCUACCUCUAUGAGACAACUGAGUUCGAUCAGGCUGUCUCCAGGCCGAAUCUUCAAGCAUAAUGCAUCCUUCGUGACCAGAUUACCCACAAUCCGACGUCACAGAAAUGCUCAUUCGCCAUCUAUCAAAAACAGACACACCGAUUCCAAUCACGCAUUAGAAAAUCUAGUCAACUCCAAUAGGAUAAAUACCAGCCAUAGUGAAGAUUCUGUAACGAAAGAAUCCUCCGAUGUGGUUCUAACGAAAAAGAAUUCAGAUGUUCACCUCCGCCUGGCCGCUGCCGCCUUCCUCACCCCAAUGGUGCUCAGUGAGACUGGCACUCCGACCAAUGGCACCCCGGUGGUGGAGCAGGACCCGGCCCACUUCCCCGUUGUGCUUGCCAAUCUACUUCAGAAGGAGUUUGGGGGCAAUGUUACCACCCCACGCCGGCCCCGGUCCCCCAGCAGAGACGAGGACGAUGACCAACCGCGGGUGCUGCAGCUCACCAACCAGCACAAGGCAGCCAUCCGGGCCAUCAGGAAGAUUAGGUACUUCCUUGCCAGACGUAAGUUCAAAGAGGCCCUAAAACCCUAUGAUGUAAAAGACGUUAUAGAGCAAUAUUCCUCGGGCCAUGCAGAUCUACUAACAAGAGUAAAGUACCUGCAUGGGAGGUUAGACCAAAUCCUAGGGAAGCAAGGGUCCAAGGCCAAGGACGUGUACGAGUCCAAGAUCAGCCUUGCCUCACGCAUCGUCAAGGUGGAGAGACAGGUUGAUGAUAUCGAGUCCAAAUUGGACCAGCUAAUUGACCUGUACAUGGAGGACCGGAAACGCCUCUUGGCCCUGCCCCCGCUUGGCUCAGUUCCCUUCCCCACCACCCCCACCUCCUCCGCACCCCUACCAGGCUCCCCAGACAGCUGCAGUAGCGGCCCCACCACCUCCUUCACCCCCAUCUCAAGUUCCUCCACUGUUGUCCCCUCAUCUUCCCUCACCCAGGUUCCUGGAGCUCCCCCGCCCUAUGUGUCGGUACUCAAGCCUAAGCCCAUCCUGGUGGACAAGCAGGCCUCUGAGCCCAACACACCCACUAACAAGUACUUUGAGAGGCCCAUGAUGCGAGGCAACUCUGACGUCUCUCAGAGGAUGAAGAAGCGAGUUACUCUGAGCUCACUGCCGUCCCGUCAUUCCCUAGAGGCCAAGGAGCCCGACUUGCUACAGGUGCCGCAGGUGGUGCAGAUCGAGCACAUGACUGCCCCCUACAUCGAGGAAGACUGUGAUCCCAGUACCCAAGACGACGACAGCAGUACAAUCAUCACCGAAUACGAGUCCCUGGAACCCGCCACCAUAGCGGAGGAAAACGAGUUCUCCUCCAUCACCAUCCCCACCAUCUCCGCUUCUGUUGCACAGGACACCACAUCACUUCAGGUUCCAGCCCCCACCAUCAUCAGCCACCCCCACCACACCAGCUUCCAUCAUCACCCGGCGGACUCAAACCACCAUUAUCCGUCAUCGCACAGCUAUCCCGCACACCCUUACUACCCUUACUCGUAUCAUCACUAUCACCGCCACCACCACAACUACGCGCACCACCUCCCUACGCACCACGAGUCGAGGGCCUCAUCAUCACCGCCGACGUCAUUGCCAUCGUCAUCAUACGCACUACUGCCCGUCCUUGAGCCCCCAGUGUUGGUGGGGGAGAGCAUUGAGCUGCAUGCCACAGAGACUUCACAGCUCCUGUCUGCUCCUGAAAUAGUGACCAUGGAGGAGUCUUCAUCAUGAUGGUGCAAGAAAGGACACUACUUCUUACUCAGGGCAUUCUAAAGAUCUAUAGUUUGUUGUUAUCCUCCCCAAUACUUUUUUUUUUCACUCUGCAUUUCCAUUAUACUCCCAUCACCUUUUUCCAUUGUUUGCAAAUCCCUGUCUCUGUUUCCCUCAGUCCUGUUUGUGUUCAUGUUAAUUUCCUGUUUUUUGUACGUGGGAAGUGCCAAUGGAGGCAACAGAAUCCGUGAGCCGUUACUGAUAUUGGUAAGGUUAGUGUGUGAUUCCUGGAGGAGAGACUCAGGGUUGUCUAUACAGGCUGUUGGUCCCACUCAAAAGACAACAUUUUGAUGUAAAAAACACUUUGUAUCUCCACCAAUCUGACCUAACCUAUCCUCAUGAUAUUAUAACUAUAAAUGGCUAUUUUUUUAUGGUUCUGUAGUAUCAAAAAUGCUCAUACACAGUACUGCAGAUAAGUUGUAAGGGUGAAUGAGUGGAGUUCAUGACAACAUGGAGAUCUUUUUUUUUAUAUAAAGUAGGCAGGAAGUCACUCCAGGUGUUGUGGCAAUUUUAUAUUGUUACAUUUGUUGCUGAGGAAAAUACAUAAUGACAAUGUGUCUUUCACUAUGUUACUUUGUUUCAGCGUGAAUUGGUUACCGACUUAUUCCAUAGUGCAAUGUCUCAUGAGAUGUAAUGUUAAGAGACAUGGAAAGGUAAGCCUUAUCAAAGAACAUUAAUCAUAGUCUCUGAGAUAGUAGUGAUUUAGUUCCUAAGUCUCACUCACUUCUUGUUAUUAAUGAAUAAGUGAUUUAUUACCUCAUAGUUUUAUUGAUUACACAAUUAGGAAUAUUUACAGUAAGGAGUGCUAAAUACACUCACAGCUCUAAUUUUCUCAUAUAGGCUCCAUCUUUUACACCUACAAAGUAUUACGGUCUCUCUGCACUCUCCAGUUUGUACUAUUCAUCACGUGCACACCAGUACAAUAAUUAUAAUUAAUGAUAGUAUAUGAAUAUGUAUUUUACAACUCGAUAGCAUAUGAAUAUUUUACAACUGCAAAUCCACAAGAUCACUACUAAUUGACCAUCAAUCAUAGUGUGCAACCAAAAUUUGAUGGAUCAAGCUGAGAUGUGAACUGUUUUGUACCUGGUCACAACGGAGGUAAUGCUGACUGAUAGUCUAGUCUUUUGAUCUCUUCAUUCACACAGAUAAUGUUGUUGAUGUAAGAUUCUCAAGAUUCCUCAAAAUAAACCUUUGACAGUACUAAAUUAAUGCUAUGAAUCAAGAGUUGGAGUAUUUGCUUUGAAAGAAAAAGGAAAUUUAUACAAAAGAGUUUUUUUUUUAAUUUUCAACAAAGAACUAUGUAAAUGAUGAUUGAUGGUCAGUAAUUCUUGAAUCAUGAACUUAAUGAUGCAGAGACACAUAAGCUGACUUUUUUAUACAGUUACUUUCAUAAAUUCUAGCCAGAAUUAACAAAUAGACAUAACAUAGAAACUGCUUCUUGAUUAGUAAAUAUCUGGAAAACAUAUAUAUGCCUGCACACUAGAAAUGCAAAGAGGUUACGAAUUUUAUACAUUUCGUGUUUUUAUGGGAGAGAAGCAAUAUCAGUAUUAAUAAUUACAUUAGGUACAUAAUUUAUAACUACCGUUACUACUCUACCAUGAGAUGUUUUCAGUACCUGUUGCUGCUGCUAUCACAAUUAUGGUGACAGUUGCUUGAGCCUUAUUCAGAGCACUCCUUGAUUUACACGAUGCAUUGAUAGUCUAGCAUAUUUACUGAGCCUGCAGUUACUGGAUUUCCUGAGUUGUAGUAUUAUGUGUGAUAACUAACAUUUCAUCCAUUCACAUAGCAUUUUGUUCACCAUUAAUGCCAGAAAAGCUUUAAAGUAUUAAGGCAUGAGUGAAGCUCUCCUUUAAGAGAUAAAGUCAGCGUUUGGUAUUGUUCAGAAGACAGAGCAAGGACUGAACACAAAAGCUUAAGGGAAAUGUCCACUAAAGAUGCACAAAGGAAACAACAUAAGAUGAGGCAGAAUACUUGCAAGUGAACACAUGUCAAAGUAAUCAUAACUAGUGAGUGACUGGAUACAAAUUUAUGUCAUUGAUGAGCUGGAGCAUAUAAACUAAUAUUAACAAACAAGUUUACUGCUAUAGUGUUUAUUGGAGCUACUGUUAUCUUCCCCUUUUAUCAGAAAAUUCCAUACAUUCAACUAUACUUAAAAAUACAAAAAUAAAAGGCAAAAUGAAACUAAAAUAUCCCAUCAAUCAGUUUAGAUAACUGAUUCUUGAUUGAGUUCAUCAUUUAUUUAUUUUAUCUUCAUCCAGACUCACAAAAGAAUAAGAAAAAAGUUCAAAUAUGCUAGUUAUUUCUUUUUAUUUAUAGUAUUGUAUUGAUGAUAUUCCAGCACAAGGCAAUAGAUUUGAAAAGAAGGAAUGCUGUGUUAGUAAUCAUAAGGGAUUGACAAAGAAAUGGAAAAUUAAGAGAAAGCCUGCAAAAAAUAGAAAAGGGCUCAGUGUCUUUGGCUUCUUUUCUAUUGUAAUGAAUUAACGAUAUUCCAGCACUGGGCAUCGGUUAAUGAUCAGGCACAAUUGUCAUAAAUUAGAAGCAGUAAUGUUAUAUGAAAGGAAGGAAGGCAGUGUUAGUAUUCUCAUAAAUUAAAAGCAGCAGAGUUAUAUGAAGAGGAAGAAUGUGUUAGUAUUCUUAUAAACUAAAAACAGCAAAGUUACAUGAAGAGAAGGAGUGCUGUGUUAGUAUUCUUAAGGCAUUGGUAAAGGAGUGGGAAGUAAGGAAAGGAAGAGUCAGUUUCAUCUUGUAUUAACACUGCAUUACAGGGUUGGGAAAGGAGAGCUGAACUACUGAGCUGAGACAAUGAAGUAUAUUCUAGAUUAUUAUGGCUGUAUUUGCAUUCAACAGGAUAUGAACAAAUCUGAAGCUAAUCAUUAUUUUUAGUUCUUUUAGUGCAAUGAGUGAUAGAAGGUCAGUGGCUAGUGACUAAUUAUUUAAAGUCAAUUGUUCUUGUUUUCUCUGCUGAUUUGGUUUUACAUCUAGUAGUGGUGCUUUUCAACUAACAUAUAGGCAUAUUUAGUUCUUUAUUGUUAUUAUGAUUAAGGGUUGCAGAAAGGCACAAUCAAUACACACUGUGAACUAGAGUUAAAUGAACUGUUUCAAGUCUUUGCUGUUGAGUGACGGCAAAAUGUUCCUGGAGGUGUGUGCCUCUGUUCCCAGCCUCACCCCCGGGGACCAAGAGUAAUCAAAAGACAAACUAUUUCUUGUGAGAUUAAGUUGCUCACCAAACAGGCUUAUGUGUUGCUUCGUUUACCCGUUGUUUUGUUGGUAUUGUUAAUUUGUCCAUUUAAAUGUCUCAUAACUCCUGAAUCAGCUUUUAUAAUUUGCUCAUAAGGUACUGUAUUUUAGUUAUGUUUCACAAAAUGACAUGAAUACUGUUUUAUGCAUACCACAUACAUUGUUCGGCAACUUUCAAAAUUAAGACAGCAAAAAAUGCAAGAGUAUUUUAUUGCCUAAAUGCUUGCCACUGUCCAAGUGAGAUACUAUUAAGCUUUGAUAUAACUAUCUGAAGGUCCAAUAUUGCUUGCCAUAAAGUGUUUUGAGUUAUCAAUUGAUGUAUAGUUUAGUGUACAUAAUUUUCAAAAAUUAUUUCACAUUCACUACAUGACAGCAUCUGUAACAUAGCCCAUUAUCACUUGAAAUGUUAAAUUAUGGGAAGGAGGUUUACAUAAGUUGAGUAUAUUGUAAAAUAUAUAUAUUUCCUGUUUGGUUAUUGUGAAUACUAUAUUUGCCAAAUAUAAAUUUUUGCAGUCA